CCAGGAUCAUGGAACAUGGGAAAGUCGGUUCCAACACUUCAACACGGCCUCCAAGUCUAUAUAUAAGGCUGCAUGCUUGUUAUUGUUCCAUUGCAAUCAAACUGAGAGUUGGGUUUCUGUUAGGUUAAUCUAUAUAUAUAACUAGCUAAUCCAUUUUGCAUUGUGUUUUGCCAUUGUAAAUGAAGAGCAACAGAGGAUUUGAUCGUGUGCUCAGCUACUUUGAUGAAGAUGGAGAUGGAAAGAUUUCGCCUUCGGAGCUGAGGCGGGGACUAGGCUUUAUGGGUGGAGAGUUAUUGCAAAAGGAGGCAGAGGUUGCAGUGGAGUUGCUGGACUCAGAUGGAGAUGGCUUGCUGGGUUUGGAGGAUCUUGUGUGUUUGAUGGAAGGUGGGGAAGAAGAGGAGAAAGUGAAGGGAUUAAGAGAUGCUUUUCAAGUGUAUGACGUGGAAGGAUGUGGGUUCAUUACACCCAAGAGCUUGAAGAGAAUGCUUAGCAGCUUAGGUGAAUCCAGGUCAAUUGAUGAGUGUAAAGUGAUGAUCAAUCAGUUUGAUUUGAAUGGGGAUGGUGUGAUCAGCUUUGAAGAAUUCAGAAUAAUGAUGCAGUGAUCAUAUUGAUCUUGUGGUUGCAGUGCUUGUGUAUACUGUAUAUACUUAUUGGUUCAUUCUUUGUUUCUUUCCUUUUUUCUAGGUUUAAGUAGUUGAGAUUUUCAUCGAUUGAGCUGUGCUAUAAUUAUUUUGUGUAUACAUGUUGGAGUUUUCUACCUGGGAAUUGUGAUGUUAUUUUUCAGAAGUGGUCAAAUUUUAGGAGUGUUUUGAUUUGGUUGUAGUUGCAAAAUAAACUCCUUUACCGCAUACAUAUUAAA